UUCUUCAUUAUUAAAACAUUUUAAAAUAUGCUCGUCAAGGCUUUCUCUGAAGACUACCAACUCAAGUUCAGACCUCACCAAAUUGAAGGUCCUGCUUCUCCUCGUGAUUACUUGGACUGGAACACACGUUUAAGAAAGUGGCGUCUUGAGCAACAUAACAGUGCAAAGGAAACUCAUACCACCACUGGUUAUGAUAUUCCUGGUCUUCAGUGGGCACAAACUACUUAUGUCCAGCCACACGUUAUGGCUAAUGAUUUGUUUCUUUUCGAUCCUGAAACCAACAAAUAUACUGUUGAUAGAUAUUUAAAAGACGCUGAGGAACGUUACGGAACCAUCGACUCCAUUGUUAUUUGGCCAACUUUUCCCAAUCUUGGUUGUGAUAGUCGUAAUUCAGAGGAUUUUUUUAGAUGUCUUCCUGGAGGAACCCUCGGUAUUCGUUCUUUGGUUGAUGAAUUUCAUAGCAAUAAGGUGAAGGUCUUGUUCCCUGUUCUUAGUUGGGAUAACGGAACUCGUGAUCCUCAAGCUCAAUGGAGUUAUAUCUUGCCUAGAUUGUUUAAGGAGUACAAUAUCGAUGGUAUGUCUAGUGAUGUUUCUUACUUCACCCAAGAUUAUUGGAUGAACUCUCUUGCCAUUGGUCACCCUUUGGUUUACCACUCUCAGGCAAACAAAGAAAAUGCAGUUGGUGCAGCCCCCGCCAUGGAUGACACUUAUGCCAUGCAGUGGAACACCAUGGAUAUGGCAAAAUAUGAGACAAAUUUACGUGUUCCCACUGUUGCAGCAAGAAAGUUUAUUGAGCCUAGACAUAUGACACAUACAUCAGACAAAUGGUCUAGAAACAAGACUAGCAUGAUUCAACACGCAUUUUUCAAUGGCUUGGGAAUUGAAAUGUGGGAAAACAUCUUUGGUACUUGGAAUCAACUUGCUCCCCGUGAUGCCGAGGCUUUACGCAGAACAAGCAGUAUUCUCCGUACUUUUGGUCCUGAUUUUCUCUCUUCCAGCGAAUGGGAACCUCAUUGCCCCUGUGUUCGUUGGGAAACUGUCUUCUCUAGUAAGUUCCCUAGUCGUUCUACCAAGGAGCAGAUUUUGUGGACUUUUGUCAAUCGUGGUCCUGCUGUUGUCACUGGUCAUCAAAUUGUUGUCAAUUAUCACAUCGGUAUCCAAUAUUAUGAUGUCUGGCACGGUCAGGAGAUUACCCCUACUAACAUUGUAGAUGGUCUUGCUACUUUGAGUUUUGAUAUUGAACCUCAUGGUUAUGGUUGUAUUUUUGCUACUUCGGAUGUUUCCGAAUUGCCUACCGGUUUUGAUGUGCUUCUCAAGACCAUGCAUUAUCGUUCAAGAACCCCUCUUCACAAGUAUCCCAUUAGUAGUGCCAUUUUGUGGCAAGAGUUGGAUGAAAUCACUGUCACUAAAUGCCAUGUUGAAAACCUUUGCGGUAUGGUUCGAAUUGAAGGUGAUACUUAUGAUUUCCGUGUCAGAGGUUUAUCCGCUCAUCCUACAGGUUCAUCAGAAUAUCCUGGUACUGAUAUUAAAUAUCCUUGGGAAUUCCAACCUACACGCUCGCAUGCCACUUAUACUAUGAAGAUCAAUACCUUUUAUAUCGAUGCUUACAAUGUCACAGAAAGUCAGUUCAAAAAGUUCAUUGACGAGACCAAUUAUAAACCUGCGGACCCAACCAACUUUUUAAAGCAUUGGGUUGGUGGAUGUUAUCCUUCCUCUCGUGCUAAUAAGCCUGUUACACACGUUUCGAUCGAAGAUGCAAGAGCCUAUGCCAAAUGGGCUGGUAAACGUCUUCCUCAUGAAUGGGAAUGGCAAUAUGUAGCACAGGCUGGUACUGAAUACCGUAAUUACCCCUGGGGUAACGAAUGGGAUGAGAGUAAAGUACCUGAGGUCUAUAACGGUCGUGAAAGACUUUAUCCCGAGCAUCCUCCUGCUGAUGUUGAUGCUAAUCCUACUGGUCGCUCUCCUCUCGGUGUUUACGAUCUUGUCGGUAAUGUCUGGCAAUGGACUGAUGUAUACAGAGAUGAGCAUACCAGAGCUGCUAUUAUUCGUGGUGGUUCUUAUUACCAAGCUAAAAAUAGCGAACAAUAUUUCCCUCAAGCCUAUCGUAAUGAUCAACACGGUAAAUAUUUACUCAUGUCUCCUUCAGUUGAUCGUAGUGGUACCAUUGGUUUCCGUUGUGUCAGAGAUACUGAAGAAAGUUCCGCUGCCAUGGGUAACUGCUCAUUUGUUGACGACGAAUGCUAAAAUAAUGUAAAAAAAAAUUUAAAAAAAAAAACUAUAUCUAUCAAUACCAUCUUCAUUCCCAUAAAUAAAUUUGUUUCAAUAUUUUCAACAUA